CCACCUCAUUUCCCACACCCACCUCAUAUCCCAUACCCACCACAUAUCCCACACCCACCUCAUAUCCCACACCCACCACAUUGCCCACACCCACCUCAUUUCCCCCACUUCCAUUUAACAACAACAGCGCCAGAAAUGACAAUCACCACAAUUACUAAAGUGCCGGAUACGACAGUUACUGCAACAAAUAUAGUGCCGGAGGCAACAACUACUACAACAACUAAGCUACCGGAGACAACAGUUACUACAACAACUGGAGUUCCUGAAACGACAGUAAUUACAACAACUAAAAUGCCGGAAUCCACAAUUGCUACAAAAACUAAAGUGCCAGACACGACAGUUGCGAUUACAGCUAAAGUAACAGAAACAACAGUGGCUGCAACAACUAUGGUGCCAGAGACAACAAUUGCUACAAAAACUAACGUGCCAGAGACAAAAAUUGCAACUACAACUAUAGAGUCAGAGAGAACAGAUACUAUAACAACUAUGGUGCCAGAGACAACAUAUACUAUAACAACUAUGGUACCGGAGACAACAAUUGCAACUAAAAGUAAAGUACCAGAGACAACAGUUACAGCAACAACUACAGUGCCAGAGACAACAAUUGCGAUAACAACUGAAGUGCUAAGGACGACAACUAUUAUCGCGGAAACAACUAAAGCGACGCCGACUAAAGGUCUGGAUAUGACAGUUGAUGAAUUAUAUUGUGAUAUUCAAGCAAUCGAAAUUGAGCUGAACUAUUUCUGCAACAACGAUUCUGUUGAGGAGGCCCUCGAUAAUCAAUAUAUUUUGAAUGUUCCAUUGGAAGGCUAUACAGAAGAAAAUUUCGAUAUAAAAAUAAAACAUCGUGUGCUCUCCAUUUUCGCUGAAAAUGUCUUACCACCUAAGACGCAUAUGGAGCUCAGACUGCUGCCCUCAUUGGUGGAUAAAACUAAAGCAAUAUGGCAAUAUGAAGAUGGCGUAUUACAGAUCACAUUGCCAAUAAAAACAAAUGAAACUGGUUGCAACGACAUGUAUAUUGAUGAUUCUAUAAUAUCUGUACCUGAAUUCGGACAAGCCUAUACGAUUUCUUUCUGAAAAAAAGAGUUUAUUCGGUUGUUUUAUAUUUUCUUUAAAUUCAUUAUGUGACUUUAGACAAGGUAUGCCUAAGCUAAUUUUUAGACUUAAUUAUAAGUCGUACGUAAUCAUAGCAUUUUAUUAAAUAAUUUUAGUAUAUUAUAUGAUCUUAAAAUAUAGAGUAUUCCACAUCAAUAUUAGUAAACAAAUUAUAGUAACUCACUAUGUCAACUUUUACGCUUUAUAAAAAUAAUAAUAAACUGACAUACAUUUGGAUUGUAACUUUACUUCAAGAAUAAUUUAUUAUUUUGUGCAAAUAAUAUUAACACAUAAAAAGCAAGAUUCUCGAUUCUACUGAAUUUUAAAAAAAAUUUCAUGUACGAUAUUCGUAAAUUUUUAUGCUAUUUUUAUUUUAAAGGCAUAAUUAGCUAUACAUUAUGAGGAUACAGAAUAUUUGAUUGUUGCUAUGAUAUGGAUAUCGAAAUAAUAAUUUAUAUUUGUAACGAAAAUGAAUAAUUUAAUUAUAUUUGUAAUAUAAUAUACUUAUAAUAAAGCUAAAGAGGUUGUUUGUUUGGUUGAAUACGCUUAUCUCAAAAAUUGAUUUAUUUUGUGUCGUAAAGUCCAUGUACAAAAUCACGUAAUGACUAAUAAGAGUGUAGUAGCAAUGAAAAAUGUUGCUAUAACGGGAUAAAAAUAUUUUUUAGAGCGUUCUUUGCGUGUGUACGUAGCGGUGAAAGUUAUCAUAUAUUACGAAAAAUGUCCUGUUUAAAAGUAAAUAAAAUCCGCGAUCUGUUUAUAUAUUAUCCCGAAAAAUAGCACAUAAAGAGACGUUACCAUAUAAACCAUUGUCAGCAAUUAAAUUUGUCAUUGUAAUUAUUACCAGACAUUUUUUUAAAGUGGAUUUUUAAGCAAUUUUCACUAAGAUUAUUUAAGCUGCUUAGACAGGAUUUAAUUCUUUUUUUUUUAUAAAUUCAAAUGAGUAUCGAUUCUACUGCGCACUAAAUGGUGAGAAUAGCAACUAGACUUUCCUAUAAAGACAUGCACGUUAUACACAGAAACACCGGUAGAUUUUCCUUAAUUGGUUUUUAUCUAUUGGGCAGGCCUAUGGCCCAGCAGUGGGGACGUUGAUAAGCUAAUGAUGAUGAUAUAAAGGUGGAUGCUCACUGGCAGAAAUCUAAUUAAGAUUAGCUUAAAAAACCAGUAUAGCAGGCCAGUGUGCACACACUACGCUAAGCAUAGUAGGGCGAAGACGCAUGUUACAGCUAGUUAUUCCAAUUAAGUGAAGCAAACUUCAAUCAAAUUAUUGUUCAUGAAAGAACAUGAAAGAGAACGAAAGAACAACCAAAUUCAAGAGAACUAAUAAAUGAAAAUUUUAAACCAUAAUGUAAUAUGUAAAUAUAUAGAUUUACAGUAUCUUACAAGGCCAGCUGCAAGGAAAUCUACAGCCUAUUGUAUUCAACAACAAUGCGAAACAAUUUGGACUCUCUCAAGAUAUUAUUACUUGGCCUCCUAAACCAGGAGACGAAGAACAAUUUCAAGUAUACCUACUUAAAAAUUGAUCCCAAAAAAUUAAGCCUAAAGAACGGUUAACUGCGAGUCGGAGUCGUGCACGAAGGGUUAAGUACCAAUAUCUAUAAAAACGCAAAAAAAAAACAUGUUUUUUUAUAUGGGAACCUCUAAUAUUAUUUUAUUUUGGCUA